AUGCGCGCUCUCUUCGACUCCCACGUUGGCAAGAAGGAGACGUUGAAGACCAACGCUUCCGUGCAGUCCAUAUCAGAGAGUCAACUGUCCAACGACGAGCCGCCAUCGGAAGCUACACAGCAAGCGAAAGUCCCAUUUGCAAAGAAAAAAAGUCUUCUUGCGACUUUGAUCGCACGGCCUCUCAGCAGAAGACGAAUUUUCGUUAUAAGUGGUAUCAGCUUUUUUGCCUUGGCACUUGUGGUUCUGGCCGCUGUGCUCCCGGCAGUCUUCGUCAAAGCGCACAAACACAACAACCCGGAAGACGCAUACACUCUCGUAUCGUCAGCACAAGAGGAUCCAAGCUACCAUGAUUUAAGCAAUAAACCCAUAUUUGCUGUUCACAACUUUCCAGAUCCAGGGCUUUUACAUCACAACGGCACUUGGUAUGCUUAUGGGACCAACCCGAGAAAACAUGACCCAAAAUCUAUCCAUGUGCCAGUUGCCAUCUCGAAGGAUUUUAUCAAUUGGACGCUCAAAGAAGGCUACGAUGCGAUGCCCACACUAGGCGACUGGGAGGUUGCUGUCAACCAUUGGGCUCCAGAUGUCAUUGAGCGAGAUGAUGGUAAAUUUGUCCUAUAUUAUUCGGGACAGGCGGAGAAUGGCCAUGGACAUCACUGUAUUGGGGCUGCAGUGUCAACCAGCACCGACCCUCUGGGGCCUUUUGUCCCACUCAACACACCGCUGGCAUGUCCUCCCGUAUAUGGAGGCGCAAUUGAUCCCUCGCCUUUCCGAGAUGUCGAUGGGAAGCUCUAUGUUGUCUAUAAGGGCGAUGGAAACAGCGUCGGCAGUGGUGGCUACUGUGGCAAUAGCGUCAUCCCACGACGGCCGGUCCCUAUCAUCUUGCAAGAGCUAGGAAAAGACGGUAUCACCAAAGUGGGCGAGCCGGAAAUCAUUCUCAACAUCAACGACUCGGACGGACCACUCAUUGAAGCUCCCAACAUUAUUCGAAGACAUGAUGGAACGUAUUUCCUCUUUUUUUCCUCACAUUGCUUUACCUCGCUUGGUUAUGAUGUCAAAUACGCUCAUGCCCGGUCUGUCAAAGGCCCGUACACUCGGGCAGAGCGCCCACUGCUGCAGACGAGCGACUUUGGAUUCGAGUCUCCAGGGGGUGCGACCCUAUCGCUUGACGGCACAAGGAUUGUCUUUCAUGCCAAUUGCGGCGAAUACCGUUGUAUGUACGCAGGCGGAGUGGACAUCCAAUCCAUCAGCAAAACUGCUGUCCUUGCAGCUUUGUAA